AUUAUUAUUAUUAUUUUUCUUUAGUAUGAAUAUCCUUCAAAAGGCCACUCGAGUGUUUAGUACAACAAAGCAUCAUAGAACUUUUCUUACACGUAUACCCACCAGUACUUGGACAGAAUCACCCCAUGCUCAGUCUUUGAUCCCAAUGGUGGUUGAACAAACAGGCAGAGGUGAAAGAUCGUAUGACAUCUUUUCAAGAUUACUAAAAGAACGCAUCAUUUGUUUAAAUGGACCUAUAAACGAUAAUGUAGCCUCUGUUAUUGUAGCUCAACUUCUGUUUCUAGAAGCUGAAAGUACAGAGAAACCAAUCAGUCUCUAUAUCAAUUCACCUGGUGGGAGUGUUACUGCUGGCAUGGCUAUUUAUGAUACGAUGCAGUAUAUUCAGUCCCCUGUGUCUACGCUAUGUAAUGGACAAGCCUGUUCCAUGGGUUCAUUAUUAUUGGCAGCAGGUGAGCCUGGUAAACGCUAUGCUUUACCUAAUGCUUCUAUCAUGAUUCAUCAACCUUCAGGUGGUGCUGCAGGUCAAGCAUCUGAUAUUGCUAUCCAUGCUCGUGAAAUUCUUCGUGUUCGAGAAAGAUUGAAUCGCAUUUAUCAAAAACAUACAGGCACACGUGACUUGGAAACAGUGGAAAAAAUGAUGGAAAGAGACUAUUUCAUGACAUCAGAAGAAGCCAUGAACUUUGGUUUAAUUGAUAGAGUUCUUGAGAAACGCAUUGAAGUCAAAGAGGAUAAAAAAAUAAAAUAAAAUAUGUUUGACAUUUGAUUGGUUACUGAGUGUCAAUUGUCUGAGGAUGAAGAUGGUGCCAGAAACAAAGUGCACUCAAGAAACAGGAAG